GGUAGUCGUUGGUCACCACUUCCGGCGGACGGCUAAGAGCGCGCGGGCUCCUUAAAUUGUCGUCGCUGCUUCGUUCCCUGAGUAGUAGGUGUCUGGUGUGGGCAAGGAGUGCAGGUUGUGGGGAAAAAUGGCCUUUUGGACGCUGACUGGACCGCUGGUCCCGCUGGAGGCCACCGGUGCGGCCUGAGGUGCCGGGCAGGGCCGAGCCUCGCCCUUACAGCUGUCGGUGCCCCAAAAUCCUGCUAAAUAUGGGCAAUGUGAGAAGAAGAGAAGGUUGCCUUGGUUGCGGUAAAUGUCUUGUCUCUUAGUCUACAGAAAUCCCAGGUGGGGACAUCAUCAGAUGAGAACAUGUGUCACGGAGGUGAAUUUGGACAUUAUCCAGGUUCUUGCCGAAAUCGUAAAAACCUUUUGGAAAAGGCACCGAAGCUGAGACCUUGCCUUCAUUUGUCGGUGACAUUAAAUGUGAGGUACUUUGAGGAACCAGCCGAUGGCUUGGCGAGGACAUCAAACAAAUGUAGACGGACCCUACUUGUGAGGACCACGGCAGGUGUGCCCAGUGCGCUACCUGUGCUGUCCAUUAGAGGGAGCCAUGAACCGCAAGUUUUACACACUGCUCUUCAAAGUACCAUACAGCUGGGCUCCCUCAGGAAAAGGGGAGUAUUAAAUGUUUGGCGCAGUUUUUACACAAGAGGCGCCCAAGAACGCCGCGCUGCCUCUGAGGGGUCUGCAUUUGGAACAAUGGCUCUCCAGAGUCUCCGGCCGACAGCUCACCCGCUGCUGACCCGACCCGGUCAGGCACAAGUACCGCAGCCUUAAAUGUGUGUGAGAAAACGUGCCCUUGUACCUUCGUUCAGACCAGUGUCACUCUGCUCGUGCCCAGGUGGUGGCGCUACAGAGGAAGGAGGAACACGUGGGAACUGCUGGUACGUAAGUGGCGCCUUUUUAAUGUUCACCAGAGGAAAGGAGUUAAGAACAAAUCCCUCCCUUUCUGAACCAAAACGACUGAAAUACAAGUCCAGCUCCCUUAGGAAAUGGAAAAACUUUUACAUCGAGAACAAAACUGCACACCUCUGGGAUCUAGGGCCCACAUCUGGGAUCUAGUGACUGAGCUGGACGACCAGAGGAGGUCAUUAGCGGAACCACUGUGAAGGAUUACAAAAGCGUCUGUGACUAGCUGCUGACCCCCCCACCCCACCCAGCCCCCUUAGUGGUUCUACCUCAUGGGUGACUGCAGUCCUUUCAUCCUUCUGGCAAAUGGACUCAUAAGCCUCUGGGUGACAUUCUGUCCCAAAGCGCUCGGCUACCUUGGCCAGCAGCAUGUUACCAUGGCAGCUUGCUUCCCAGACCAUGCCCACUCAUUGCUGGGUGAUCUGACAAAGUGGGGUGGAGGUGGGGGGUGUGGGGUAAAACUGGUCCUGAGGACCCCUUGCCAGGUUAAGUAAAAAUUGAGGACAUACUGAGAAUACACUGCCUCCAGGGAAUGCUGUCUUGGAGUCGAGGGGGCAUUCGCAGCAUUUUCAUUCGCGAGAUCCACCAGGGGUCGUUUAGGGCCAUUACACUGUUUUUGGUUCACAGUGAGGUCAUUGCGGGGGGUGUUACCUGACCGUGUGACAGCUCUCCAAGUGAUACCAUGAGUGCUCAGGGAAGAGAUGCGGCACAAGUCGGGACCACCUGCGACCCCCUCUCAGGGGGCUGACACGGUGACAUCAUAUGGGGUUGAGGGAGGAAGAGGGCCCCACACACUCACACACUUUUUCACAGUUAUCCUCUUUGUAGUGGCCACUGCCCUCCCUUCUUCAUGUAGCUAACGUAGCCAUCUCUGUUUUUACAUACCUGUGUGAAGUUACGAUUGUCCCAAAACUGGCUGUGUGUCAUGUUAUUAGUGUUUAAAAUGCUGACAUCACAAGGUCCAAGGUGGCACGUCUCUCCAUAUUGACAAUUCAAAAUCGAGCUAUUAGAAAGGCAGCGAUUGUGUUUUUUUAUUCAUGUUAGCUGCCUGGCAGAUGAAGCGGAUAGUUGUACAACUUAAUGUUUUUAUCACAAUGGUUCAUGUUAUGUGUGUGGAUCGAAGGUACCAAGGCUGGCUGUGUGGCCAAAGCUCCUCCAAUGCUUUCCUCAACAGUCGGUCCCGGGAGGGUCGUCCCGGCUGCUCCCUGUCAGCAGGGGCGGCUGAUGUUAAUGCUGACCGUUCUUACUGACUUCUGGUCACCCGGGGUCAAGUGACACGAGACAAAUGAUGAAGCUCUGGAAAGAGGAACACAAUAUUUGCUGAAUACAGAAUUUUUUGCAGGAGCUUCUGGAAGUGUGUCACUCAUUGAGCAAAAACAGUUCUGCAGGUUGCUCACGUGCAGGAAGCGGUAGCAUUCAGGGUAACCUGGCUGCCAGACCUCUACAAAGCAGUCAAGGGGCAGAUUUCACACUCUUACUGCCCUUCGAAUGCUUUGUAUCUUGGAAAAUACAGUGGAACCAUGGAGCAGUUCUGAACCCUAACACAUCUGGCCCCCUGCGACCCCCGAAUGGACAAAAGUAGUUUCUCUGACAGAUCCCAUCUGUUGGCCAAGUCUUACUACUUCUGUUUUGUAUACCUACUGCAAUAAAAGAAUCAGUUUUAUUUCUUUUGCACUUUUUACUAUUCUUUCUUCUUGCUAGGUGAGUUUAUUAGCUGCAGGGACACCUUGGCAUCAGAUUGACUGACACCUUUUUGUCCGCCCAGAAGGUAGGUCAGGUAAUGGCUUUAACUCCUUUUUUUUUCUUCUUUUUUUUGUUAAAACAGUGUUGUUUUGUGCAAACGUGUUGAUUCCGCUGUGUGUCUCCAAGUGUCCGGGCUUUGUAAAGAGCCAUCCGUAGCUACAACUGGGUCACUCCCUAAAAGUGCAACCUCAUCAUUUAUUCAUUGGGCAGACGCUUUCAAGCGACGAAGUCGACGUGCCACAAUACAGCUCUUACAUUUUCCAGAAAGACAGAGGGGGGCUUUGCUAGGGUUCAGUCAGUCAUAAUAUUUUACAGGACUUAUUUGAGCAAAAUUAAUUUGAUAUUAUUUCAGUUUCUCCAGAACACAUUUUUGUAAAAAACCGUUACCUUGGCAAUAGCGGUGAAGGGAGUUUGGGUUGUCGAGAUUUCUAGCAGUUCACACCUGAUCUCCCAUUUCGAAUUCCUGCUCGGUAAAACUUGUCUUCCUUCCCACCAGUCGACAGAGCAGCAAGUAUGUUUUGUCUGCGGGACAGAAACCCAGGAGGGCAGCUGCAUUCGGGGGGUGUCCAACAAGGUGUCAGGUGUUUAUGCGUGACAGACGAAAGCGCUGUGGGGGAAGGGGCACCAAUGUAGCUCCACGUGGCGACCGUGCAUUUGCGUGUCUGAGAUUUCCCGAUUCUGUCUGCCCGCUGUCGGUGUGAAUCUCACGCCAAGGUCGACGGCCCGGAACACACAGCCUUCUGGAUUGAGCUGCCGCCCCUUGCCGAAACCGCGACGUCUUUUCCCUCUAGAAGUGUGUCAGUGGCAUUACUGUCUCAGUCAUUCUCCUGUCUUUUUACUGUUCUUCCUGAGCGCGGGUGUGGAGAGGCUCCAGUACAGCUGAGCUAAUUGAGUCACGUUUUAUAUUUUCCUGUCGCAUUUUUCACAGGAACAGGUCGGUGUCCAGUCAACUGUCCUCAUUGCCAUCCCUUGUGGAGACUGUGCUGCCGCCCUUGUUUACAUCGAUCACACGGGUGACGGUGAGGGUUGGGUCUGAUUUCUUAGCACUCAUCCCACCUGUCUCAUGUUCGGAGAAGUGCUGUGGGGUUCGAGAGAAAGGGCAAGCCCUGUUCUGCCUGCUGAUUCCAUGUCUGAUCCUUUGUGACUUUCUCUCAGAACUGAUUGGCUAAGGAGAAAACAAUGUCGGGGGGCGGGGUCGCGCAGCAGGUUUGGCCGGGUCUGGGGUUCGAGUCUUGCUUGGGGUGCCUUGCGAUGUACUGGCUCGCCGCGGCCCCGUUCGGGACGAGCGAUUUCAGAUUGUGUGUGUGUGUGUGUGUGUGUGUGUGUGAGAAAACAGUGUGACCUGACUGACUGGACAAAAACAGAGAAAUCCUGAUUGGCUGAGAUAAAACAGAGGCAAGCCGACGGGCUGAGGACAGCAUGCUGUUUGAGGGGCCUUCAUCAUUUGUGGGUAUUCGUCAGGUUCACGUGUUCAGCCCUCAAAAAGGGACCCCGCUGAUGGGUUUGAAAGCUUCUUCUCACAUGGUUCCCCUUUCGUUCACCUCCUCACAAAUGAUGGGAGAGGUACGUCAACAUCUGGAAGGCGUGACUCAGGCUGCAGUGGGCAGGACAACCCACGCAUUCCGUAAGGAGAGUUGCGCCACUGCUCCGUGUCCUAUGGAGCACAUAGCAUAUAGGGUGUGACUCAGCCUCCUUCCUGAGGGCUGCAUGCGCCUGCUCUUGUGACGAGCCUCUGACUCAGGGUGCGAGUCAGUGCCUCACGAUCCGUCUGGGGGGUUCGCGAGGCCUGACCCAUGACCCUGGUACAUUACGGUAAAUGAUGGCAGCUGCAGACCCCCUCAGCAGAGUAACAAUCAGCAUUUGUUUCGGGACAGGCAGCUGAGUGGGAUGGGACGGAAGUGGCAGCCAACGAGAAACCUGACAGAAAACGAAUUCUCUCUGCUGUACGAAUGGAGACGGAGCGUACAGACGCGCGCACGUGAGAAAAUACGAGUAGUGCUUACGAGGAAUUGCACUCUUUCGUACUUUAAAAUAUUUGCUGAAUGUAGCGUUUGCCCCCCCUGUAAUGUCUGUUUGCCUUCCUCCAUCCCUAUAUCCAGCGUCGAGUACGAGACUCCUAUCCUCACACUGUCCUCGUACCGCCUCCUCUGGCAAAGUGCUCUCCCUGCUGCUCUGAACCCAUGCUGUGACUCGUGGGCUGACGUGUUGGAAUACGCUUCAGAGAUCACCCGGCGUGCUUCACGAUGGGACACGCAGCGCGCAUGGUGUCUUGUAACAGGAGAGUAAUGGUGGAUUUUAUAGUAAUGAGCUGCAGGGAAAGUUUACUGUGUAAAGGGCUAAAGUGUAGUAUCAGUGGGUAAAAAAUGGCCUUCAGUGACUGCUACACCACAGAGCCUCUGCUUGUGUUGAACGUCACGAUGCGCCACUCCGCUCCUCUAUGAGGCUCUUCCUGCCUCUCAAUCAGGUAUUGCUCCGGAUAUUUCAGGAACACAUUCUAAGCGUGCAGAGUCUCACAGCGACAUUUGCACUGGGCGAGACAACCCCCUCUUGCCCCCAAUGAGGGAAACAAACCAGCACUUUCGCGUGGCUUUUUGUAUGACCUCCCAUCCAGGCCUUCCUGGCGCACACCAACCGCGUCUGGGGUGACGGGACCCCUCCGCUCAAAAACGGAUGGGGGAGCUGGGAGCCGCUAACUGCGCUGAUGUGACGGAAAAUGAAUUAACGCAGCAGAACUGUGUUUACUGUAUCAAUUCAGGGUAAAUACCUUGAGCCAGUCGGAGUACGUAUCAUGGCUGGAGCUGGGAUUUGAACCGGGGACCUUGGGGUUGCAGUACCUCUGGUGGUGUUCAAAGAGUUCCCCUGCUUGCACUAAUGGUCAGACUACGCUCGUUCCCACCCCGACAUGCAGUUUGACAGGUGGCCACUGGAGGGCCCUGUGUGUCUGAGGCUCAGGGGGGAAAUCACAAGCGUAAGAGUUUUGCAUAAAACACAGGAGAGGGGUGCCGUGCAGUCGAAACGGAGAAGCUGCUCCCCAGUAGGGGGUGCCGUUAGGAUCCCGUCAGGAGAAAUGGGAUUUCUAGGAGGAGAAAGUGGAGUGUUUUAAGUUGAGGUCUCGUCCCACAUUCCUCCUCGGGUGGGAAGCAAGGUGAAACAUGACAAGGAGGUGAGUGUUUGCCAAGCGACAUGGGGACGGGGAGGAAGGGAAAGUGGUGAACGGCCGCUGGGAUUAGAAGGCAGGAAAGCGUGGGUGGGCGAGCGAGAGAGAGAGAGAGAAAGGGGGCGGGGCGGACCCUCCUCUUGCCAGCUGUAUAUAGAGAACAGGCUGGGAUCAACUGAUGAUACAGAGCCUCCUUGGGAGCAGGAGUUUGGCGGUGCGCUCAUUUCCACCUGUAUCCGCAUCUGUGAGAGUGUGUGUGUGUUUGUGCGCGUGUGUGCAGAGGAGCGUCAUCCCGAAAUCACCCACCUUCUGCCACUGGAUCUGGAUUACAGCCCCAAGGGAGGAGGCGCCAGUCACAUCUCCUGACGUUUGGCCAGGUCAACGAUGAGGUCCUUACUGGCGGUCACUGUGGUGCUCCUCCUAGUGGCGGGGGAGGGUAUGGCAAGGCGUGUGUCCCGCACCAGGCGAGAGCUGAACAGCCCCCUGCACCGCGGCGGGAUCCGCGACCCGUUCGGCUCGUACUGCGAGAGGCGAGGGGGCUGCUGCCCCGGCCGGAAUGACCAGUGCACUGUGCCCUACAUGGACACCAUCUGCUACUGCGACCUGUUCUGCAACCGCACCGUCUCCGACUGCUGCCCGGACUUCUGGGGAUAUUGUCUCGGGAUCGAGCCCCCGGUCAUCGGGUCCUGUGAACGAAACGGCCACAGGUUCCACUCAGGAGCCACGUACAAGGAGAACUGCAACCUGUGCACAUGCAGCAGCACCGGCCGUUGGGAGUGUGAGCAGCAUGCCUGUCUCAUAGAGAACGACAUGAUCCAGGCCAUCAACUCGGGGAAUUAUGGCUGGCGGGCAGGGAACUACAGCCAGUUCUGGGGCAUGACGCUGGACGAAGGACUGCGCUACCGCCUGGGGACCCAGCGACCGUCCCGCACCAUCAUGAGCAUGAACGAGAUCCAGAUGAAUGUGAACGGCAUGGACGGCAUCCCCCACUACUUCAACGCGAGUCAGAAAUGGCCCGGAAUGAUCCACGAGCCACUGGACCAGGGCAACUGCAAUGCUUCAUGGGCCUUCUCUACUGCUGCUGUGGCCUCAGACCGAAUUUCCAUCCAGUCCAUGGGUCACAUGACCCCUCAGCUGUCACCCCAGAACCUCAUUUCUUGUGACACGCGCAACCAGGGCGGCUGCAGCGGAGGGCGGAUCGACGGUGCCUGGUGGUACCUGCGGCGCCGAGGGGUGGUGACAGAGGAGUGCUAUCCCUUCUCGCCCCCCCAGCAAACCCCCGCGGAGACCGUCCGCUGCAUGAUGCAGAGUCGGUCCGUGGGGCGGGGCAAGAGGCAGGCCACCCGCCACUGCCCGAACCCCUACAGUUACCAUAACGACAUCUACCAGUCCACUCCGCCCUACAGGCUGUCCUCCAGCGAAAAGGAGAUCAUGAGGGAGAUAAUGGACAAUGGACCAGUGCAAGCGAUCUUGGAGGUGCACGAGGACUUCUUCAUCUACAAGAGUGGGAUCUACAGGCACACGAACGUCAAUUUUCACAAGCAACCUCACUUCCGCAAACACGGCACCCACUCUGUCAGGAUCACCGGAUGGGGCGAGGACAGGGACUACAACGGACACAUGCGGAAGUACUGGAUCGCCGCCAACUCCUGGGGGAAGAACUGGGGGGAGGACGGCUUCUUCCGGAUCGCCCGCGGGGAGAACGAGUGCCAGAUCGAGGCCUUCGUCAUCGGCGUUUGGGGCCGCGUCACCAUGGAGGACAUGCAUAGCAACCACCAUCACCACCGCCGCCGCCGCCAGCACCACCAGCGCCAGUAGAGGGGUUUUCUGAAGAAGCCCCAGCCUGGGGGUGCGGCGGGAGGCGCAUGCUCACCGCAACCCCUGGGUUCAGAUGUGUAAUCUCAGUCGGGGAUACAGGCUCCUCGACUGGACUGCUGCCUUCAGGACUCAGCAAUAACACGCCUCAGGACUUGCUCUUCCAAAGAUCACGUCUGCUCAGCUCUCAGACUCUUACGUGCCUUUUUUACGGUAUUAUUUUAUUUUGUGAUAUUUGCAGCCACUGUAGAUCAUGGACAGGACGAGACCGGUUUUUGCUCUUUUGGUUCAUUUCUUCCUGAUGGCGGGGAUCUCCCACGCUCCCUCUUCUCCUGCUCAUCUCAGCAUGCUGUAGAGACCAGCUCCUGGUAGAUUGGCCAGAGCUUCAACGGCAACACGGAGGCCCUGCUGAGGGUGUCGACGAGCCCCCGCUUCCUUGGACCAAGAGGGUGUAUCCGACACCCCAGGUCUUCUCCUGCUCCAUUAGCUGCUUCGGGAUCCAAAGCUAGCUGUAUCACUGUAUCACAUUGUAUCUUCUAACACUGUGCCCUCUCUGUCCAGUCUUCAGUGGAACUGGUCCGGAAGCAGCCAAGCCAAACAGUGGCGCUGUGUCGACUUGCUGCUUCAGGUUUGCGGUCCCUUCUUGGUCCAGGAGAUCAGGCCUGGAAUGCGUUUCAAAGAGAGAGUUAUGUACACAUACUAAGAAGCUGUCUUGCUCUGCAUCAAGACAGAUGUUCCUGUACCGCCACCGAGCGUAGCGACAAGUAGCUAGCGACCUGCUAACCAUAACAUACUGGAUCGUGUGUUUGGGACCAUUCCCUCUGGUUAAUGCUAGUGUGUCUUAGAGUUUGCGGUUAAGGGCUGCGAGCAAGAGACUAACACCCGUGCGAGUGGCUUGAACGGCAUCAAAACGUCAGUGUAACGUGUCUCCUUCGUCUUUUUUGCAUCGCCCUAACCAGAGAAUGGCGUAAACCCCAAAUUUCAAAGUCCGGUGCCGGUCUUUUCCACAUCAUGUUGACAGGACAUCAGUACAGCUUCUUUUUCCAACUGAUGUCUGUCUGCCUUUGUCUACUCAUUUGUUAAACGGACCACAGUCCUAGGACUGAUGUUCAUGGAUCGACUGAUCAAACGCCGCACGUGACUAACUGCUGAAUUCCGACCCAGGCAGGUCAAGGGUUCACCGACACUGUAUUAUAGUCUUAAUCUAUUUAAGUUCCUGGAAAAUGGUGUUUUUUUUUUUUUUUUUUUUCUCCCUCCCGCUCAGAUAUGAGUGCUCUGCUGUUGUUGUAAGACUUCUAAUGCUCUAAGUCCUCUGGAGUCCCCCUCCCAUUCAGUUGGCCCCUGUUUCCUUCCUUCCCAUCAGCUUUGAAGGUGUUUCUCCUAGAAUCGAGAAAACAGAUUGUUGUGGAAUCGAGGAGAGAACGUGGCUUUCGGCGUGGCAUAGAUUAGGGUGUAGGACCCCAAUCUAUUUCCUUCUCCCUCUCGGACUUCAUUUCAUCAAAUUUUCUCCAAGUUUUCCCUCACUGCCGAAAGUCCUCUGGAGGUGAAGGUUUAUGACAUUUGUCAGUGCGGUCAAAAACUGCUCUGCUCUGACUGCUCAGACGAUGCUGCGUCUCCUUAGUUUGGGUCCAGUGAGGAUCAUGGAGAUCAACGAUGUGGCAUUUUAACGAUACGUUCGGAAAAAAUGGAUAUUUAUCAGAAUUACUUUACGUGACCACCUACAUCAGUGACAAGUUAGCUUUCAUGGAAUCCUUCUCAGAUCACUUGUUUUAGUUCAAUAAGCUACUGCCCCACAGGCAGAAUUUCACCUUUGUCUCGUGUAACCCUGACCAGACUAGAGAUGGGAGUGUAUUAGAUGGUUUGUUUGCCAUUUUUUCCUUUUAUUUAAUGUACAUUUGUUUAAUCAUUUCAAAUCUAAUAUCCACUUUACCUUGUUUAGUGCAGGUUCUCAGUGGUGCUAAAUUAAAUGUAUCCAAAGCAAGUGACAAAUGGAGAAACUGCUACGCAACGAAGGGUGGGGGUCCUGCCUCUAUAAAAAGCACAAGGUCAUCACUUUGAGCGCUUGCUUCACUAAUGGACCAUCCUCUGGCACAGUCAUUCAGACAAUCGCUCCCUUUUAAGGGUAAGUUGGAGCAGAGGGUAAGGAUCAAUGGUUGCGCGCAAGACCAGCGAUUAGCUCCAAGCCAGGCGAGGAGAAAUUUGGCGGAACGGCGUCAGAGGCAGGAAACACGUUCCCCCGCGUCCUGCCUCAACCCCAAGCCAAAGGUGUCAAGCUUUUGUUACUAGGUGUGGAUUUCUUUGUGGACGAGCACAUCUCAUGUGCUACAAAGAGCAUCUCUAACUCAAGGCGGAGGCCUCCUUGCUCCGGUGCUUUUUUUUUUUUUUUUUUUUGCUGUUUAGCUCUCAUAAUACUGAAAUCGUUUAUUUGCAUAUUAGUAAAAGAAAAAUUCGUAAAGGAUUACUUUCACAACUCAUGCCUUCUGUGAGGUAGCUUCAUCUGCCUCUUCAGUGACCGAUGUGCACUCAAUACACCAAAGCACCGCAAAUUUCCUCCCUGUCACACAAUAAAUAAAACCAUACAAACCAA